AUGGAAGCCACGGUCGCCUUGGGGUCGGGGAGCAGGCCGCAGAGCAGGAUCAUGAGCUCGUACCACCACCACUCCAAGCAGACUGACACGCAGCUUGGCGUGGCAAGGCGAACCAGGGGGCUCCACCCGCCGAGGCACUUGCGUGUUGGGGCCUCCCAUGUCGUCUCGUGAACUCCGGUGGCCCAGAUGUAGGAGACCAGGAAGAGGAGCAGGGCGAAGUUGGCGGUGGCGGAGGCGGCAGCGACGCCGGAGACACCGAGGCGGAGGUGUUUCACGAAGAAGAGGCUGACGGGGACAUGGACGGCGACGGCGAACAAGGCGGCGAGCGUCAACGGGCGGGUGAGGCCCUGGGAGCGGAGAUAG